GUCCGCUGCCUGCCGCUUGCCGCUUUCCGUCCCUUAAUUCCUUGCCUCGUCACCACCACCACCAAGAAUGAACAACAGCAACCCGCCGCCCUCCCGCCCUGCACGGCCAAAAGUCGUCCAACCCAAGCCGACGAACAAGCAGCUCGCCUCACCCUCAGCAGCACCACCGGCACAGCCAGUAGCCGGUCCCUCGACCUCCUCCUCCUCCACACUCCCCGCCCAACCACAACCACAACCAGGCGGGAGUGCUCCACGUCCCGCGCCCAUCGCGCGUUCCACGGGACCAAAGAUCCUAGCUCCCUCGGGUUCUUCCUCCUUGCUAGUCCAGAACACCCAGCGCGGCAACCCCCUACUUCGCACACUGCGCUCCAUCCCGUGGGAAUUCGCCGACAUCCCCGCCGACUAUCAGCUCAGCCCUUCAAGGGGUGCCCUCUUCCUCUCCCUGAAAUACCACCGCCUCCACCCCGAAUACGUGCACGACCGUAUAGCCAAGUUGAGGGGGAUUGGGAGGUAUGAGCAUCGUCUCCUCCUAAUCCAAGUAGACAUCCCCCUCCCGCAAACCGCCCUAAAAGAGCUCACAAAAACCUCCCUAGUCAACGGUUUCACCCUCCUCCUCUCUUGGUCCCCCCAAGAAGUUGCCCGUUACCUCGAACAGUACAAGAUCUACGAGACCAAAGGUCCCGAGCUGAUAAGGGAACGAAGAGGCGAGGAUCAUCUAGGAGCUAUGACAUCUUGCCUUACGAGCGUGCCAAGGAUCAACCGGACUGAUGUGAGGAAUUUGGUGGCAAAGUUCGGGUCGUUGAGGAGGUUGAGUAGGGCUAGUGCUGGUGAUUUGGCAGAUAUGAGUGGGUUUGGGGAGAUUAAGGUGAGGUUGUUGACCGAGGCUUUUAGGACGCCGUUUAGAGUUGGGGGAGGGGGAGGGGCGUGGAGGGUUGCGAGACGAAGGCGAGAGGAAGGGAAGAAGAGGAGCGGGGUUGGGGAUGGUGAUGAGAUGGAUGAUAUCGAGGAGAUUGAGGACGACGACGAUGACGAAGAUGGUGCAGAGAUGAUGAGGGGCCAGGGGACGCAUGUCGCGGGAGUGGCUGGAGCGUUACAGACUGCGGGAGCGGACGCGGAUGGGGAGGCGGGGAGGGAUGGGAGUGGCGCAUCGAAGCGUCGUCGUAUCGAGCUGCGCGUUGACGAGGAGGAGGAGCGGGACGCGGGCAAUGGGGUGGUCAAUCCGAAGCCUCCUGCUCAAGGCGAUGUCCGAGGCGAGGCGGAGGAUCAUCUCCCACUCGACAAUCUCAACGACGCAGACGAUCUUGCCGCUCUGGCAGCUGAGGAGGGGAAUCUUGGGUCUGGCAGCGGGAGUGACCCAAUCGAGCGCCAAGGUCAUGGUGCGGCGCAAGACGACGACGGCAACGACGAUGAGUUCGGCUCCGACCUGAACCUGGACGAGCUGACUGCCGAAGAGCGCGAGGAGUUGCGCAGGGCGAUGAGGAUGAGCAUGGCUUGAGAGCGAGAAGAGGUGAAAAAUACAUGUUGUUACAAAAAAGUGGAGAGAAAGGCGAGGCGAGGCGAGGCGAGGCGUGGCGUGGCGUGACGUGAGGUGACGUGAGAGAGUAGGGCGCGGCUAGGGCUAGGGCGGCAUACUCCUCAGCUGGACGACGAGAUCGUGUUGCUCGCGUACGGCGGCCACUUGCGAGGGGAGGCUCUGUGUACGCAAAUCCGCCUGUUCCAAACUGCGCUGCAAUGUUUGCCCCACCUCUUCCCUUCUUUCCAAGUCCACCACCAUUCCCUU